GAAAGCGCCGCGCCGUGCAGGUACGCCGAGCUCCUCGCGUGCGCGGUCGAGAAGAGGCACGCGCGCCGCGGCAUCGGCCGCCUGCUGGUGGCGUGGGCCAAGCUGCACGCGGCCGCCGAGGGGCUGCGCUUCCUCCUCGUCUCCGCCUCGACGGACGUCGUCGAGUACUGGCGCGGCCUCGGGUUCGACCACCCGCCCGCCCGGCUGCGGCAGGUUUGCCACGAGCUCAAGCUGGAGUUUGACGACUCGGAGGUGCUGCACCUGCAGCUGCCCUCGGCCGGCGGCGGGGCGCUCGAGGCGGAGCUGGGCGAGGCCAUCGCGCGCCUGCGCGCACGUCCUGUGGGGGGGCAGAAGCGGAGCCGAGGCUCGUAA